CCCACCCCUUCUCUGUGUUUUCACUCUGAAGCUCUAUACAACUUUACACCUGAAUGAACGCCAAACCUCACUGGAUAUAUAAAGGGAACCUUGAGGAAGAAUUUCACAGUUACAGUGCAGAAGCAGAAGGAAAGGAAUUAACCAGCUCUCCAGCCAGGCAAAUCCUCUCCUCACCAUGCUUCCUCCUGCCAUUCAUUUCUAUCUCAUUCCCCUUGCAUGCAUCCUAAUGAAAAGCUGUUUGGCUUUUAAAAAUGAUGCCACAGAAAUCCUUUAUUCACAUGUGGUUAAACCUGUUCCAGCAUACCCCAGCAGCAACAGCACGAUGAAUCAAGCCAGAAAUGGAGGCAGGCAUUUCAGUAACACUGGACUGGAUCGGAACACUCGAGUUCAAGUGGGUUGCCGGGAACUACGUUCCACCAAAUACAUCUCUGAUGGCCAGUGCACCAGCAUCAGCCCUCUGAAAGAGCUGGUGUGUGCCGGUGAGUGCUUGCCCCUGCCGGUGCUCCCCAACUGGAUUGGAGGGGGCUAUGGAACCAAGUACUGGAGCAGGAGGAGCUCCCAGGAAUGGAGGUGUGUCAAUGACAAAACGCGUACCCAGAGAAUCCAGCUGCAGUGCCAAGAUGGGAGCACACGCACCUACAAGAUCACAGUGGUCACCGCCUGCAAGUGCAAGAGGUACACUCGACAGCACAACGAGUCCAGUCACAACUUUGAGAGCAUGUCGCCUGCCAAGCCCGCCCAGCACCACAGAGAGCGGAAAAGAGCCAGCAAAUCCAGCAAGCACAGCCUGAGUUAGAACUCAGACUCUCCCAACUAGACUGACUCGUAACCAUCUGCUUUACAGAUUCGACUGCUUGGAAGACUCGAGCCUGCCAUUGCUAUUUUGUUACUUGAAAAUAUAUGCUUUCUGCUUUGAUCAAACCCACCAAGCUGUCCUAAGUAUCAGGACCUUCUUUGGUGUAGCUUUUCCCUUUCAAAGUUUUCAAGAUGUAUGCAUAUCCAGGAGGGCGAUUUGCAUUUAAAUCCCAGGCAACCUGCAGUUUUAAUUCCCCAUGGUACUCAAAAGACUGGUGGUACUGUAUACAUCACUGAAUCAUUACUUUUUAAACAGAAAAUGGCUUCUCCGUCACCCUCCACACCCCAACCCAUCCCCCACUCCCAUCCCUAACAAAACCCCUUCAAAAUUAAAAAGUUAAAAAAAAAAGUUGCCACGAAUCUUCACAGUAACACUUCAGAAAGGUGCUUUUUCUUUUCUUUUCUUUUCUUUUUUUUUUUUUGUAAUCUCCGUGGGAAGAGUUUAGCAGCCAUGAGUGAUUUCCUUUGAAAGAGGGCAAGAUAUUGUGACAUUUCACUUCAGAACUCAGCCCCGUAGCUUUUGACAGUCUCAUAGUAUGAAAUUAUACCCUGCAUGCUGACCCUUGCUUAGAAUGGAAUGCCAGAAAUGCAUGGCAGCAGCUAAUAAGUACUGAUGAACUAUUUAUUUGUCAAUGUUAUUAUUUAAUGAGCUUUCAUGUGAUUUUUUUCAAAAUGUUAAUUUUUUAUGUUUUGAAGCUUUUCCAUGGACCUAAAUAUUUUCCUAUAUGAUUUGUGAUUGAUCUAGGAAUAUGAGAAUACGUGUUGUAGAUAUGUAAAAUAAAUAUUUUAGUCUCCUUAUUACAUAUAUGUUGCAUCAUCAACUUUAUCAAUAGUAUGGAUCUUUUUAAAUCAAUAAGAUGCUUUGUAAAGCUGAAAUAUGUAAUACUUUUUUGUUUAAUCUGUGCAAUCAGAAGGUGAUUUAACCUUCAAUUCCAUCAGUUUCUUUGAACGAAAAUAAACACUGCUAAAAGCUAUUGUCCUUGCCUUUAACAUGUAUGGAAAAAGUACAUGUUUACAAAGAUUAGAAUAUAUGUAGCAAGGUAACUGAUUUUUUUGAUAAGGCACAUUUUAGUUUUGACGGAAUGCUUGGCAGAAGAGAGAAGAGAGAGGAAGAGAGACAAUCUUUUCCGUAAAGGGUUGAUUUAAAAAGUUAGGAGGCAGAGUUCCUGGGUGGUUCAGCUGGUUAA